CUACGUUCGCUGUCGAUCUCCGCCCGUGGCCCCGCCUACCAUUCCCCUCCGUCUCCGCCGCGCGGCAGGCAGGUUACAUUGCUGUCUUGAGAGGAAAGGUUCUGUGUGAAGCGCCCCCCCCCACCCCCUCAUAGGACAAGAUGAGCGGUAAGUACCGGGCGGGCGGGCCGAGUCCCGGGUAGGCGGGCAUGAUACCCGCUUAUUACGCGCCCCUCUCAUUACCCGGGCUGGGGAGGGGUGUCCGGCCCGGUGGGCUGUGGGGGAGGGGGCGGUCGGUACCGGGCGGUGUCAUGGCGCACUUACCGCCCCCCAGUCCAUAGCCCCGCGCGCCCCGUGUCCCCGAUACACCGCUCCAGGGGGAGGGGGCGGCCAUCCCCCUCCCCCCGCUCUCUCCUCCUCUGCCGCCCUGUUUUUCUGCCCCCCUGGGUGGGUAGGUAGGUGGGUGGGGUGCUCGCGGCCAGGCCCCCCCCUGUGUGUGAUGGAUUCCCUGUGGGAGCGGAUACAGUGUCCGUGUCAGUCAGUGUGUGUCAGUCAGUCAGUGUAUAUAAAAUGUCCGCCCGGGGCUCCCGGCCUCCAUUUUCUGUCUCCAGUGUGUACAGUCACCCAGCAGGCCCGCUGCGCUCUCCUCACUCCCGGAAGUGGAGUCCCUGCCCCCCGCCAUGUUGCCUUCCCUCUCCCCGCUGAGGGCCUGGCUGCCAUUAACGCUCUUAUCUCUCUUACAUGGUGACCCGCAGACCAGGAGCACACAUCCGAAGACCUGACUGGAGGCAAGUCCGACAGCCGCUCAGGAGGAGGAGGAUACACGCAGAAGGGGCAGGUAUGGGCACCCACCAUUCAUCUCCCUAAUAUAGCUGGAUCCUGCCUAUCCAGCCCUCCCCCUCCUUCACACACACACUCUGUAUUAUGGCAGGUGGGUGGAGGGGGGAGUUGUCUUUCCUGUGGCCUGUAGAUUAUGCUCCCACCCUGUGGUUGCCAACCCACCCUGCUGACUGCCCAUUUGAGGCAGGAUCCAGAAACCCAUCCUCCUUGUCCCUCCUGUUCUGUGACUUGAUUCCCUCGACAUGCUGUUUUGUUUAUGUGUUGGUGCCUUUUGGGGUGUUACAUGUGUUGGUACAUAAACUGUGUGGUUUUAAAAUAAAUAUAUGUGUAUGUAUGUAUGUAUAUAUGUGUGUGUGUGUGUGUGUGUGUGUGUGUGUGUGUGUAUAUAUAUAUAUAUAUAUAUAUAUAUAUAUAUUUAUUUAUGGGUCUUUUGUUGGAAAGUACAGUUGUGCUAAAGGUUACCAUCUCUUAGCAAAGUGGUUAAAUCCAGUAACAUUAACUUUUUUUCUCUUCUACAUCUAACUCCUUGAAUAAUGAGCUUGAGUCAAAAUGUUGUUGUUUUAGCAUCCUAACAAGUCAUCAGACACAGCACUCAAUAAAUAUUGUUUCUUAUUAAAAUGUUCGCAGCAUGAAGUGUCAAUAUGUAUGCUUGUGUUUUAUGCAGGGACAUAUGUUUGGAGGCAACCUCCAAUAAGUAUACGGUGUCAUUGUUUUUUUUUUUUUUUUUAUCUAGUCUUUAAUUUUAACACCCCACCCCCCCUCUUAUUUUGUGUUUCUGUUUUCUUAGCUUUUUGACUGCAGGGUGGUGUCUUGUACAUACUCCUCUAUGAGCUGUUCACCGCUAGGCUUUUACUAUUGCAAAGAUGAGCUCUGAUGGAUCAAUAAAUUUGUGGGGGGUGGUAUGUGCUCUCCAUUUACACACAUGGUUAAUGAGACAUACCAGUGGGAUUUACCAGUAUAAUUCAUUAGGUGUAUUAAAAUACACAUGAAUAAAUACUGCCACACUGUUUCAUGCAGCAGACUUGCUUUAGUCAUGAUUCAAGGAGUGCUGUGGAACUUCACCUGUGUAAUUUGUCAAACAAUUUUACAACCAUUUGUCAAUUUGCCUUGGAACUUGCACAUGCAGCCCCUGAUUCCAGGCUCUUUGCGGUAGAUUCUGAUUAGCUCCAUAGAGCUAAGCAGGAACAAACACAAUAGCUGAUUGUAUUAACUGAGCAUUCUCAGCCAAUGAGUAAGGAGGUCCUGAAUUGGCCAAGCUUUGGGGUUUGUUUUUUUUUGGUAAGAAUAGUCUAGGCUAGGUGCCUGUACAAUGGUAUAUGGGUGAAGGCUCGGUGAGCAUGGAAGUAAAGAGGUUGUUUGGAUUAAGGCUGGAGGUGUUUUGGGUACACAUUCAUUGCGUAUAUAGAUGCAGAGGGUUAUUAUAGAGAGGCCUGAUCUAUAAAUCUGCUUUAUUAAACUCAAGUUGUUUUGGUGACUAUAGUGUCCCUUUAACAAAUCCAAAUUGUAAACAUUUUCAAGCAUCCAGCUGCAUGUUAAGACCCGUUUGUGUUAUAUUUCCGCCCCUACUUAGUCAAAGGACAGGUUCUGCAGACUUGCUUACCAAUACUUACAGGAUCAAGAUAAACUUAAAGGACAACUCUAGGCACCCAGAUCACUUCAGCUUAAUGAAGUGGUCUUGGUGCCAGGUCCAGCUAGGGCUAACCCAUUUUUUGUUGUUAUUUUUUUUUUUUAUAUAUAAACUUAGCAGUUUCAGAGAAACUGCUAUGUUUAUAAAUGGGUUAAUCCAGCCAUCAAAUCCUCUAGUGGCUGUCUCAUUGACAGCCGCUAGAGGUGCUUGCGUGAUUCUCACUGUGAAAAUCACAGUGAGAACACGCAAGCGUCCAUAGGAAAGCAUUGUAAAUACUUUCCUAUGAGACCGGCUGUGCGCGCAGCUCCUGCCGCGCAUUCAGCCGGAGAGGAGAAGGAGUUCCCCGCCUGGCGCUGGAGAAAGGUGAGUGUUUAACCCCUUCCUCUCCCCAGAGCUUGGCGGGAGGGGGUCCCUGAGGGUGGGGGCACCCUCAGGGCACUAAAGUGCCAGGUAAACGAGUGUUUUCCUGGCACUAUAGUGGUCCUUUUAAAGUAUCAUACCCAUUACGUAAUGCUAUAGUAGUUUAAUGGACUGUCACAGCAUUAUGUGUCUAUUGUAGCACAGUUUGACACUUACCUGGACCUCAUCAGACUUCCUAUCUUUUUAAGCAUUAUAUUCAGGGGCUGGUGUGGGUGUUAAUUUUCUGAGGGAGUCUUUCUGAUCUCUCCCAGCCAUUGAAUGAGUUCAUGUCUUCAAUAAACUUGCAUUAGCCUUUUCUGCUUAAAGGACCACUCUAGGCACCCAGACCACUUCAGCUUAAUGAAGUGGUCUGGGUGCCAGGUCCAGCUAGGGUUAACACAUUUUUUUUUUAAUAAACAUAGCAGUUUCAGAGAAACUGCUAUGUUUAUAAAUGGGUUAAUCCAGCCCUCAAAUCCUCUAGUGGCUGUCUCAUUGACAGCCGCUAGAGGCGCUUGCGUGAUUCUCACUGUGAAAAUCAAUGAGAACACGUAAGCGUCCAUAGGAAAGCAUUGUAAAUGCUUUCCUAUGAGACCAGCUGUGCGCGCAGCUCCUGCCGCGCAUGCGCCUUCAGCCGAAUGGGAGGAGAGCUCCCCGCCCGGCGCUGGAGAAAGGUAAGAUUUAACCCCUUUCCUCACCAGAGCUCGGCGGGAGGGGGCACCUUCAGGGCACUAUAGUGGUCCUUUAAAAAAAUAAUAAUAAAUCUUGCGUAAUCAAAUUCAGUGGAAAUUCUGUCAAAAGCAAUAUUCUUUAGAAGAAAGUUAGAUUAAAAAAAAAAUUUUUUUUAGACCUAUUUACUAGGACCUGAACUUUCAGGUGCUGUUAUGUGAGUGAUUUCUAUGAUAAUGGAGUAGUUAGGUGGGUGGUAUGUAAUACAAAGGGAAGUUCAGAGGCUGUUCAUAGAAACCGCAACAUUGUCAAGCCUUUAUUUAGUAAUUUUAUUUUUCUUCUAAUGCGGUUUGACCACUGAGUGGUGGCGUGUCAGAGCCUUUCUGGCAACAUAUUCACUACAGUGCUGUGGAGUGCUAAUGCCAGGGCCAUUAUUUGCCAGGUACUUUUUUUCUUACCUGUAUUGCAUUAUGUCAAUGCAGUUUUAAUGGCAUGAGUGUAGGUUCACUAUGGUCAAUUACCUACUGCAUCAAAUUUAAUUUUAACAUGCAAGGAAUAGAUACCAUAAUUGAUCAAUUGUUGAUGUAAAUGUGAGGACCUAUGGACUUGAAAGGCUUUGAGCUUUUACAUAAUCACACUUAAGGGCUGGACUAUCAUCUUCAGUGUCUUUUUGGUAAUUAAACCUUCACAUUGCUUGUCUUUUAUAUAGCUAGUUAAAUAUUAUGCAUUGUCUGUGUAUAAAUGUAUGUAUAAUUUAGCCUCUUCUAACUCCAAUACAUCUGUUAAGUGGUUUUUCGUAUGGAAGUCAUUGUGCCUUGAACGUGAACACAUGUUAAAAUUUACUUUUUUUCUUAAAACAUUUUGCAGGACUCUCAGCCCUCCCCUUUGGCUUUAUUGGCUGCUACAUGUAGUAGAAUUGAACCCCCAGAAAAUGGUAAUGGAGGCCAGCAGCAAAAUGCAACGGAGCUAGAUUUAAGUACUGCUCAAAUUCAACAGACAGCCAAUGGAUGGCAAAUCAUAUCCACUUCUGCAGCUUCAUCCAAGGACCAGGCUGGUGGAGAUUCUUCAUCUAAGAACCGUCAAAUAGCCCCUGGGCAAUUUGUGGUUACAACUGCCCCUAAUUUACAGAAUCAGCAGGUUUUGGCCAGUCUUCAGAGUGUCAUGCCCAAUAUUCAGUAUCAAGUCAUACCACAAUUCCAGACAAUGGAUGGACAGCAGCUUCAGUUUACCACUGCUCCUGCUCAGGUCAAUGUCCAGCAGGAUGCCUCAGGCCAGUUACAGAUAAUCCCAGCUUCUAACCAGCAAAUAAUCACAACAAACCGCACUGGUGCAGGAAACAUACUUGCCUCAAUGCCUAAUUUACUACAGCAAGCUGUCCCUAUUCAAGGAAUGAACAUCUCCAACAAUGUCCUCUCCGGGCAGACUCAGUAUUUAACAAAUGUCCCUGUUGCUCUCAAUGGCAACAUCACACUGCUUCCUGUGAAUGCAGCAUCUCUAGCACCCACAUCACAAUCUGUGACCCUUAGUGGUUCUCAGGAAAAUGGCUCACAACCAGUUACUUCUGUGGCUAUUAGCUCAUCUGGCCAGCUGGUCACAUCCCAAAGCAAUGCAUUCUUUACCAAUGCCAACAGUUAUUCUACCAGCACCACUCCUACUAAUGCGUGCAUAGUGAAUUGCAGCAGUGCAAACACACAAGGGACCAAUGUCCAAAUCCAGGCAUCUCAACGAUCAAGUGGCCAGCUGAACUUGGUCAGUGACUCACAGCAAAAUAGCGGCACUCUCCAAGGUCAGCAGAAAGACACAGACCAAGCGCAACAGCAGCAGCAGCAAAUUCUUAUUCAACCACAGAUCUUGCAGGGAGGUCAGACUAUUCAGACUCUGCAGGCUGCUCAGCUGGGUGGUCAGACAUUCAGCACACAAGCAAUCUCCCAAGAAGCACUUCAAAAUCUCCAAUUCCAGACCGUUCCAAACACUGGACCCAUCAUUAUUCGUACACCCACUGUUGGGCCUAAUGGGCAGGUCACUUGGCAAACUAUCCAGCUUCAGAAUCUUCAGGUUCAAAAUCCUCAAGCUCAGACAAUCACUCUUGCUCCUAUGCAAGGAGUUUCUUUGGGGCAGUCUGGCACUACAUCCACCCUCACUUCCAUGCCUGCUGGCACUGUAACAGUUAAUGCUGCUCAACUCUCAUCGAUGUCUGGUUUGCAGACCAUUAACUUGGGUGCCUUAGGAGCUUCAGGUAUUCAAGUGCACCAGCUUCAAGGAGUUCCUUUAACAAUCACUAAUGCAGGAGGUGAGUUUUUUUCCAUUUGUAUAUUCAAGAAAAUCUGACAAUGCUCUUCAUCUGAGAUCUUCCCCUUAAAUUAUAAUGGGUAUGUUAACGCCUAAAAGUUUUCAGUAUUGAGCAACUGAGAACUUUUGUAUCUCUGCUCAUUUUAAAUAAAAGUUAAGCAUAACCGUAAUUGUUUAAUAUCUAAAAUGUAAUUCAGUGUUUUUUAACUUGUAUCACCAUUUCCAUGUUCCUGUCUGAUGUGUAGUAUAUUAAUCAGUUGCGUUCCCAGCUAGCUUUAUAAAGAAAUAGAACAUAAGCAAAUGUUACUGUUUUUACAGCUUGCUUUGCAGAUUUUAUACUUCUACUUAGAAACUAUAAUAUGCACAGUCAGGGGACUGGAUUUGGCACAUGCUAGCACUAAAACCGUUAUAUUGAUAGUGGUGUUUAAUGGCCAUGAAUCCAUCACAAUCUGUAACCUAAGAGCAUGAAAAUGAAUAGUACGGAGACAAAUAUUUUAUUUGUAUGCCUUAUAUUUUUAUAUAAUUUGCAGAUAUAUAUUCCAUUGUGUCUAUGAUGCACAGAAAUUUUAAGUUCUGUGUGCGUGCUCUAAAAGAUUUAGAUUUGUGUAUUUAAAAACUUUAAAUAUAUAUGCAUCACAUGUAUGUCCUGAGAAAUCAUAGACAUCGUGUUUCUGCAGCCAUACCAGAGAUCCUAGCUUGACAUGCAAAUGAGCACAGACAAGCAUUGUGUUUGAGAACUUACACUGAAUUUCUGCAGGUAUCCUUUACAAUGGACACGGUUUUAAACCAUAGUGUGGAUUACGAUAUAUCUUCACUCCCAAUUUUUGAACGGCCUGCCUCUUCCUCAGGUAUUGAGUGAGAAACACGCAAACGUCUCUAGCGUCAAUGAGACACCCGCUUUAGAGGCUGGAUUAACUCAUUUAUAAACAUAGCAGUUUCUCUCAAAAAAAGGUUUAUAAAAAAUGUUUAUAAAAAAAAAAAUGGGUUAAUCCUAGCUGGACCUGGCACCCAGACCACUUCAUUAAGCUGAGGUGGUCUCGGUGGCUAGAGUGGUCCUUUAACGUUAAUGCACUGGGAAAACAGGUACAUUUACAAAUUGGGUGUUUUUUUUUUUGUUUUUUGUUUUUUUAAUAAAACAAGGGUUGGUGGGCUGAAUAUAAAAGUGUAAAACACUUUAAUUUACAAAAAACACUUAAUUAUUCUGACAUAUGGUGGCAGUACGUAUGGGUUGUUUCUUAACUGGGACAAGCAUCUGCAAGAUAGGUCACUAAGAAAAGUCCCUCCCCUCUACCAUAUAAAUGGCUUUCUCCGGCACACCCACCUCAGUUCUUCCUUGUCACAGCAUGGGACGGAUCAAGCGUCUGUUGAAGGUAAGACACACGGGUUGCUGUCUGUGGGAGGAAGCCCGAUGGCCUCCUGGGUGGUAGGCUGAGCAGCAUGGCUCGGUCUGUGUAGGUUCCGGAGCCCUUUCUGUUUUACUUUGCGCCUAGUAUGUUUCGGCUUGUUAAGUUUGUUGCAGGCCGUGCGUCUGCGCACAGCUGUGGAAUGCACGCUCGGCUGGCAGCAGGAAGUUUGUCAGAAGGGUUGCCCUUGUCACCAAACUCCCACGACUCAGGUUUUCAAGGUAAGAUUAGCUGAUCUUUGCUUUGAAAAUCUGUUCUGCUAAAAAUGGCAAGUUAUGGGUGGAAUUGUUUUGCAGAAAGUGGACUGUUUGUACACUGUGAAAUGCCUCUGCUAUACAAGGCUUUUGCUUAUUUUAUCUGUGCUGCUCCCCUUAAUAUGGUUCUGGGGUUCAUAAAUAUGACCAAGGUGCUGCAAUUUCUUGGGUAAACUUUAAGCAGAGAAUAUGCAAUAAUUCAGAUCUUUUGAAUUCUUAUAGAGAAUCAAAUAAUCUUACACAGAGACAGAAGAGAAGCGUCUGAUUACUUCUAAUGUCUGGCAAAUGUUUAUCUACCUCUUUUAAAGACCUGUCUGGUUCAUGAUACUGUGUGGAGUUGGUUUCCCACCUGAUGUACUGAGAAGGUUCAUUAGGAAUGAAUUAGUCAUGGGGCAGGAUAAAUCUGCUAAACUUUUUUUAAUGAGGGUUAUCUGUUCUCAAGCCCUCUUGCAGACGAGCUUUCCAGACUGCUGGGUUUCGGUAUGGGUCUUUGCUGGCAGGUGCAGAGGUCUCCAGAACUUAAACUUUGUUUACAAUCGUUAUUGGCGGUUAUUUAAGUCUCUUGAUAAGCAACUUGCCAGUUUCCUGUUUUUAUUUGAGAUUGUCACAUACUUUAUAUGGAUUUGACUAAUAAAAUUUGACAAUGACUGGUUGAUCUGCUGUUUCCCUUAUAUCCUGGUGGCUUAAGCUUGGACAGCAGAUCAGCGUCCUUUUCGGUCCCCUGUUUACUUCCAUUAGGAAAAGGAGUAUCUUUGUCGAGGGGAAAAAAAAAAAAAGUUUUGUAUGCCAAGAAGCUUGGAGGUGUAAUCCUACAUUUCUAUACUAAGUGUGGAUAGCUCAGUGUGUUCAAUCCUUGGGGGCUCACAGGUUCAUUUCCCCUGCAGGGUUGACUUAGCCCUUCAUCCCCUUGAGGUAGAUGACUGGAGUACCAUUCAAUGGAGUCACUUAACAUUCCAAGGAUGCAUUUGGGAACCAGUAUAUAUCUGAAUCUCUCUUGUUUGGCUUUUAAGUAGAACCUACUUGCAAUCCCUGGUUUCUUGAUCUAGUUAAAGAGGGCACUGCUUGCUCUUUUCAAAUCUGCCCAAUCCAUAAUCUUCUGAACAUCUGAUACUCUAUUUAUUUAUUUACCGAAACAGUGUUCCUGUUGGACUCAAGACGUUUGAGAUAUGGUUCUGUGAACCAAGAAGUCUGUUCUGUUCCUCAGGAAUCUCCUGGUUAUCAAACUCGUUCAUCCCUUAAACUGGUUAUCAAUUUAAAUUAAUUGGUUCCCCUCCUGAGGUUCAGAAUCGAAACUUCUGCUUCUGCAGAAAGGAAUUUCAUGGUGUAUUUAGAUCAGAGAGAUACUCCCAUAUAUCCCUAUUGCGGCCCCUCAAGUUUUCUGAAAAUACGCCAUAACAAGUGGAUUGAAGAGAUUUCAUUGCUCUUCUAAAUACAGCAAUUUUUAGGGAACGAGGCAUUCCCUACUUGGGAGUUUGGCUACUUAUUACUAAUCGGUACGGUUGCCAUUUAAGUAUGUUCAGGUAGCUAGUAGAACGCUACAACAACACUGUUAGAUACAGACACUAUUAUGUAUUUUCUUCUUCUCCAAGAAACAUAGGUUCAUGUUAACCUUAAAACAUUACCUCUGCAUCUACUGCACUUAUAAAGGAAAGGUCCAAAUCUAAUAUAGCGACCAUUCCUCCAUAAGAACAGGAAAUGAGAUUGCUGGGAUGUCUCUGACAUCUUCAAUUCCUGCGGUCAACUGGGCAAAAUCUGGUUUUGGCUGCUACAGUGAAGAAUUCUCUCCUCUGGGUCAAAGUGUGAAAAUCUUGGAUUUCUGUCUCAUAGAAUCUCUUCAAAAAAAGUGGAAGAUCGGCUUAUCUGGUGGACAGUGUCAAGUAUUUGGUUGUUUGUUUUUUUUUUUUUUUUCAGCCUAUAAAAGGAGUAAUUUUCACCACAGAAUGCAUCUAACACAGACUGGGUCGCUUGUCUAAAUUCUCUAAUGUGCCAGUGUUCUUGAUCCAUAGAAAAAUAGUCCACUAAUUUCAGAGCUCUUAAGGCAGUUCUUCACUCCCUCACCGAUUCAGAUCUUGGUUGAUUUGAGGGACCUAUUACAAGGCGGUCAGACCACGACACUGUUUCCCUCAUGUCAACAGACAGGAUGGUGCCAGAGGAAAAGUCUGUUUCAGCUAUGUGCCAAAACGGUGUACUGAGCUCAGGAUCUCUGGGAGGUCCUCUCUCCAUUUCACUCAUGAUGUGUUGACAAUAUCUUCACCUACAACCUCAGCACAAGAAAUUAGGUUCAAGAGUAAUGGUCUAUAGAUCCGAUCAUGUUUAUAGAGAGAUUUGGAGUGCCCAGAUAGACUUUAUGGCAGAGGGAGAACAUGAAGAUUCUCAGGUUUGCCUUUCUGUACAGGACUGUUAAUGUUGAAUAGUUGGUCUAUCUAAGGCAGGGGUCCUCAAACUUUUUAAACAGGGAGCCAGUUCACGGUCCCUCAGACACUGUUGGGGGCCGGACUAUAAAAAAUAUUAACGAAUUCCUAUGUACACAAACUCGCAUAAGGAGAUAUAUAUAGAUAUAUACACACUCAUACUCACUCUGACCUACAUACAUCCUUUUUUUUUUUUUUUUUUUCAGGAGGGUGGCGGCGUUGGCUGAUGGGAGUCGGCCUGGCUCUCUUACCUCCCUCCCGUGCGAAGGGAGCUGGGAGGAAGUGACCCCCGCCCGUCACUUCCUCCCAGCACUACUUUGCAGCUGCCACAGCGCUGACCAGGCCCCUGAAGAAAUAGGGCCCAUCGGGUGGCCCUGAGUGCUUUGGCCGGGUUCGGCCCACGUGCCAUAGUUUGAGGAUCCCUGAUCUAAGGGUAUUUCUCCAGGCUUACGUUUUUUUUUUUUUUUUCUUCUAUAGACUGUUCCCAAGACUUCUUCAAAAGAGGUGAACGGACAGCGCAAUGGUUCUGCCAGUCUUUCCGUACUGGCCAAACAUGAGCCAGUUUUUGGCCUUUGUGGAAAUGACUUUCAAGUUUGGGCAUCUUCCGAUCUCAAACUCUUUUGGAAGACAGGAUAUCCUGCUGGAAGUGAAUAGGUUCUUACGGACGGUAGGGCAAAUGCAUGGUGGAUCCUUCAUCUCCUGAGUCUUCAUGAGUCAGAGUCCACUUGUUGCAUAUAAUCUUCUAGUCGUUCUGCCUCUAACUUUUACAUGAGUAUUUGGGUAGUUUACAUUCUACAUUGUUGUAAGGAAUGUCAUUGUCUUCUAGUUAAUUUGUCUGGUUCAAAUUUACACUUCCUGCAGGAGAUUUCCACAGGUUGGGCGUUUCCACAUUAAGACCGAAUUGUAUUCCCCAAGUUCUUUCUGAGAAGGGAUUGGUCUUCGUUUGUACUGGUUAGAAGUUUCUUUAAAGCAAUGGGCUUCUUAGGCCACCCAGGAAGUUCUGUUUCCCUCCUGGGAUCUUUCUUCAUUCUUUCAGGUCCUCUUUUACUUUGGAGGGGGUUCCUUUUAAUAUGCUAAUGCUUAACCAGCAUUCUUAGUGGCCAUUACCUCUGCCAAGAGAGUAAACAAGCUUCCAGAUAUAUCUUCUUCAGUGUAAUUUCUUCUAUUCCAUCAGGGUGAAAGUUGUUUCAUUCUAAAACUUCAAUUCUUCCAAAGUUCUCUUUAGAGCUGUUAACCAGCUCAUCCUUCUAUAAUUAUGCCAUCUCCUCGCUGGAACUAGAUAGUAUAUUCUAGAAUUAAAAUAAGGGCAUUUCAGAUGUACCUAUCAAUAUCAGCUGAAUUCAGAAGAUCAGAUCACCAGUUGUCAACUUCUAGGAAGUUUUAAAGGGUUUAAAGCCUCUCUUAAUUCUAGUUCUCAUUAAUUCGUCAAUCAUAAGGCCUAUGCUUCAGUAGUUUUGCUUUGACAGCGCAUUCACCCAAAGGCAAUGGCCACUUUGUGGGCAGAGAAAAGCUCUUCACCUGAAGAAAUCCGCAUGGCUCAUUCUUGGUCAACUUUUAGCACCUUAAAUGUCAGACAUUUUCAGGCUAGAUGUACGCUCUGCCUCUAAAAUUGCGUUAGGGCGUAGGUACUUCAAGCUGUUUAGGCAUAAGGUCCAUCUAAUUUGGAAUCUUGCUUUAACCCAAACGUUCAGAUCUCCCUCCCUCUAAAUUACGAUUUUGCUUCGUGUGUGUAUUCAUGCUAAGACUGAGGUGGGUUUGCCGGAGGAAACCCUUUAUAGGGUAAAGGGGAAAGACUUUUCUUAAUCACCUAUCUUGCAGAUAGAUGCUUGUCCCAAUUAGGAAGCACAACCCAUACGUACUGCUGCCACAUUAAGAAAAAAAGAAUUCAUGGAGAGUAAAAAUUUCUGUUUUUGCUUGUUUAAGGAAAAAAAAAAUAUUUUCCAUUUCCUGUUGCACCCAGUCCUCACAUCCCUCGCUCUUUGUCUUGUCAGUCACAACCAUUUCAUUUCUCAGAAUGUAAUGGUUUCAAGGUGCAGGUUAAUGAAAACCUGACCAGGACGCAUGAAUGGCUUUCUUGGCUGAAAGCAAGUUAGGUUAGAGAUUUACUUCAGAUAAGUUUCAAAUGUAUCUUUUUCUGUUAUUAUUGGUAUUUAUAUGGUGCCAACUAAUUCCACAGCGCUUUACAAUAUAAUGAAGGGGGGUGGGGGAGGGAAUUUACAAUAAAUGAGACAAUUACACAAGAACAAUACGUAGAUGAGGGCCUUGCUCAAACGAGCUUACAGUCUAGAUAUUAUUUUUCUUGAGCCACAAGGUAUUGCUGCAGUUGUCCAACACUUUAGACCUGCAAUAUUAUAGCUAUUUUUGUGUACCACUGGAUAUUAUCCUUCAAUUUGUAUUACACAUUUCUUGCCAUGUGGAUUUAUUAUCCACUCAUUUUUAUUGAUAAAUCAAAACUUAAAGGACCACUCUAGGCACCCAGACCACUUCAGCUUAAUGAAGUGGUCUGGGUGCCUGGUCCAGUUAGGGUUAACCCAUUUUUUAAUAAACAUAGCAGUUUCAGAGAAACUAUGUUUAUGAAUGGGUUAAGCCUUCCCCCAUUCCCUCUAGCGGCUGUCUCAUUGACAGCCGCUAGAGGCGCUUGCGUGCUUCUCACUGUGAUUUUCACAGUGAGCGCACGCAAGCGUCCAUAGGAAAGCAUUGAUAAUGCUUUCCUAUGCGACCGGCUGAAUGCGCGCGCAGGUCAGCCGACGGGGGGGAUCGGAGGAGGAGAGCUCCACGCCCAGCGCUGGAAAAAGGCAAGUUUAACCCCCUUUCCAGAGCCAGGCGGGAGGGGGUCCCUGAGGGUGGGGGCACCCUCAGGGCACUAUAGUGCCAGGAAAACAAGUGUUUUCCUGGCACUAUAGUGGUCCUUUAAUACACACAGGGAGCCAGAUAGUAACAGUUUAGGAGCUCUAUCUGCCUGUUUUUUUUUUUUGUUUUUUUUUGUGAUUAUUCAGUGCAAAGUGAUGGCUUUAAAUUUAGUUUUAGGAAGCAGAGCCAAAACUUGAGCCAGGUCUCAACACCAUUCAUAACAUAAGUUUAAAGGGACACUAUAGUCACAAGCACAAGAACAGCUUAAUGUAGUUGUUCUGGUGAGUAUAAUCAUUCCCUGCAGGCUUUUUUGCAGUAAGCAAUGUAUUUUCAGAGAAAAUGCAGUGUUUACAUAACAGCCUAGGAAUACUUCCAGUGUCAACUCCUUAGAUAGUUACUAGAAGUGCUUCCUGGUGCAAUGCUGGAGAUGCUGAUUGGCCUCUUUGGCUGAGAUCUUCAGAAUUGACAAUCUGAGCCAAUCCACUUCAUCACUUCAGGAGCAGAGCCAGCACCAGCAGACUGGAAUAAAGGUAAGAUUUUACUAUAUUUGAGCAUGGGGGUCUGGAAUACAUGUUUGUAUUCUUGACCCUAAUGUGUUCCUUUAACUUCUGCACUAAAUUUUUUGUGCAAAAAUGCUCUGAAUAUAGUUUCAGUGCUGUAUUGGCAUUUCCUACCACUUGUCUAGUGAUUGUCAAUUGUACCUUAUACUGAAAAAAAAUUUCUUUUUUAAAACCAUCAUCAGAAAUUUUCAACACGAUACAUGUUGAUGACAUUUUCUUAUGUUAUCUAGAUUUUCAUGACUGUAACUGCAUAAUAAUUACUGCUGAUACUACAGUAAUUUAAACAUGUAAUUUUCUGACUGUAUUAAACUUUAUGCAUUUAGCAUUUACGGAGACUGUAGAUGUUUCUCAAUAAUGUGAUGACCUCUCUAGCAGCACAGGUUUUUCUGGUUCUUUAUACCAGGAGGUCAUCACAUUGUUUACGCCUGCAAUGUGAUCUACCAAUAAUUAACUUGUCAGCUGCUUUAAAGGUACUCAAGCUCCGAAACAGGAAGUGCCUUUUAUAUUUCUUUUAAAUGUCAUCUUUUUAACUAGCACCAACGGUACUGUUUCCUAAGUAAAAAAACUAAACAAAACACAAAGUCCGUCUGUGAUGCAAUCCAUUUGCUUUUCGGAAAAUAUGUAUGUUAAACUAACAAAUGAUAUGUUACUGAAACUCUCUUCUGGCGAAAAGGGGGAGGGCUUUCACUUGCUGCAGAUAUUAAAUCUGCAGCCGUGGAAAGCCAAGAUUUCAUAUACUCUCAAAGAAAACAUGCCAAGAAAAUUGUGCUUUCUUUUAAGGGUAUAAUCUAGGUGUAACUAUUUACAUGGAGCGUUCUUUUGAAAAUUGUUCAUGCAUGUCUACCAACAUUUCAGAUGAACAAAGAGUAAUACUUCAAUUUUUGUGGUGGGGUGUGGCCAGGGGCGGUGCUGUUCUGAAACUAUUGGGUGACUUGCUAAUAAAAGUUUAUGCAACUAAAUAGUCUUUUAGGUCAAGAAUAAUGUACUUUAUUUACACAUACUGACACACAAACGUAAGCAUUAUUGCUGUCGACCUUGUUAUUCACUUGGACACAUCAACUGUGUGGAGCAGAUAGAAAAGAGAUGGAGGGAUUUGAACUUAAAACUGUUCCUCCUAAAUAGGUUUGUGGCGUACAUUAUGUUGCAGAGCCUUCCCCAAUCACCAUUCUUUCCUAUAGGAAAUCUUUGGAUUGGCUCUAGAUUGUCAAGGAGGCAGAACCGGCACAAGCCAAACACAGCCCUGGCCAAUCAGCAUCUUCUAAUAUACAUGAGUAUCUAGUAGGCUGUAAUGUAAACACUGCAUUUUCUCUGAAAAGACAGGGUUUACUGCAUAAUGCUUGAAGGGACUGAUUAUACGCACUUGAACAAAUACAAUAAGCUGUAAUUGUUCUGGUGACUAGUGUCCCUUUAAGAUAAUUCUCUGAUCAAAUUAGCAUCAAUCUAUGCAAACGUUUACUGCUCCACUGUAUUAACUCUUCUAAUAAAGGAACACUCCUGAAGUACUUGUGUUUCAGUUGUUGGUCAUAUUUGUGACCGUUUAUCUCUGUGCCGAUCUCAAUGGAAAUCAGUACUUAAUUUUUUUUAAUUUUUUUUUUAGUGUUUGGAGGUUGAAACACCUUGUGGCUCUUAAUCACACAGAGCUAAUGGAAGCAGCAAUCUUACUAAGCUAGCACGUAGCUGUUUUCUCAGUGGGAAGCCUCUGGUGUAUUCCCCAGCACAGAC